AUGUCCGAAGCCAUUCCCGAAAGCAUCCCCACCUCCGCCGAUCCACGCUCCAAGCGCCCCCUCAAGAAACGUGCCUUGUCCCCGCGCUCAGAAACAGCCUCUCACAUCAACGCGCUCUUUGCAAAACCAGACCAAGAGAUCCGUCUCCCCGCCAGUACUUCAUCCUCCCUCACGCAUAACGGUCCCCUCCCCCCAGAGAUCGUCACCAAUGUGCAGGGAUCCAGCGCCGGUGCAGGCAGUGGGGAGUUCCAUGUGUAUAAAGCCAGUCGGAGGCGCGAGUAUGAGAGGUUGAGGCAGAUGGAUGAGGAUGUCAGGAAGGAACAGGAUGGGGAGGAUUGGGAUAAGGAGAAGAGGGAGAGGGAGGAGAGGGAUAGGGAGAAGACAAGGAAGAAUCGCGAGAAGAGGGAGAAGUUGAAGAAGAGGAAGGGUGGGAAGGGGGGUGGUGAGGCAAAAGGGGAGAAUGGUACGGGUGGGGGAAUUAAGCCUCGUGUCCAAGUGGGCAGUACGCAGGCGUAUGGGGGGGAAGGCAAUGAGGACAAUGAGAUGAAGGGUGUGGAGCAGGCGGGUGUUAUUAUUCAUGAUGAUGAUGAUUGA